AUAGGAGGAAGGGAUGGGGAGGAGCGGGAGGAGGGAAGCGGAGGGAGGGCGGCAGCCAGGAUGGUCCAUUCCAUUCUUGGAGCUGCACUGUUGACCUCGACCACAAGGGGGCAGGGCUGCUGAAAUUGGAAGUGCGAACGCCUACAUGAGUCUUGACCCUCGGCAGGCACUGUAUCCAGUUUCCUCCGAGUAGGGAGGGCUUAACUGCCCGGAAACGGAAGUCUUGUUCUUUUUCGUCCUUUUCUCCGGUUGCCGCUUGCUGUCCCGGUCUGCGCCAGCGCCCAGCGCGCCUCGUCGCCAUGCCUCGGAAAAUUGAAGAAAUUAAGGACUUUCUGCUCACAGCUCGACGGAAGGAUGCCAAAUCUGUCAAGAUCAAGAAAAAUAAGGACAACGUGAAGUUUAAAGUUCGAUGCAGCAGAUACCUUUACACCCUGGUCAUCACUGACAAAGAGAAGGCAGAGAAACUGAAGCAGUCCCUGCCCCCUGGUUUGGCAGUGAAGGAACUGAAAUGAACCAGACACACUGAUUGGAACUGUAUUAAAAUACUAAAAAUCCGAA